CAAACGUCACGUGCUUCCUACAGGAAGUAUACCGUGCAAACUAUAAACAAACAAUUUUCCCUUUCACAAUAGAAAAAUAUGAGAGUAUUCUAAAAAUGCAACCUGCAAAUUUUCAAAAUGACGAAUCAUCGAUCCAAUCAACGAGAGAAGCAGAACACAAUGCAGACGAAUCUAGAAAUUUGAACUUCCAAUCCUCAACAGUUGAAAGUGGUUUUGACCACGGAGUAAAAGCUCCCAUCAUUGGCCAUGAAGUUGUUGAGCAAAGAAGUAGAUUUACUGUUUUUAAAAUUCACGUUCAGAAAUCCGAUAACAACGAAUGGUUUGUAUUUAGACGCUAUUCAGACUUUUCAAGACUUCACGACCGCCUAAGAGAACAGUUCCCUAAUUUUCGAUUUGCUUUGCCUCCAAAAAAGUGGUUUGGGGAUAAUUUUGAUGUGAGAUUUAUAGACGACCGAAAGCUUGGGCUUCAAGCUUUUAUAAACAACAUCCUUUCUCAUGAUCAAGUUCAAAAGAGUGAAGAUGUGAAAAUGUUUUUGUGUUUGGACGAGCCACCGGGUGCUCAUGAUAGCUUAGAAGAAAGUCGGGCGCUGUGUGAAGCUCUAGAAGAACAAAUGUAUAAAUUGAAAGAGGAAUUAAAGACUAAAAAUGUUGAAAUAUCCCUAUUGAAAGAAGAAUUAGAUAUUGUAAAAGACGAUGCUAAGGCUCUCAGAACUGCUCUUCGUAAGCAAAGAUCAUCUUCAGUAAAUGAUAGCAUAUCAUCUGAACACGACAGAAAAGAUGGGUCAACAGAAAUGUCAGAAUAA